AUGGCGACGGUCGAGCACGAUCCCUUGCUACUACUGCGGCAGUCGAUCGCGUCGGGAAGGAGCAUUAUCCCCACCACCUCUGCAGAUGUCUCCAGUUCCGCAGAAGAGGCGACGCUGUCUCAGGCGACACAUCUGCAGUUCACCGACCCGACCCGCAUUGCCGUCCCAAUCGAUGUGCCGACCAGAUUCAUCACUAAUGACGUUGCCGUUGACCUACGCAGUAUAUACUUUGCUUGGCUAAAUCGAGAGGUUGCCAUUCCAGAGUACAAUAACUCUGCGACGACGCUCAACGAGGAACUUGGUGGUGGCGACAAGAUUCACAAGCUCGCUUUCGUCGAGCGACUAGAUCUUAUCACAUGGCUCGAGGGUGCUAGCGAAGAGAGUGAAUACAUCAAACCGCUUGCCGGCGAGAAGGAGGCUGGCGCUGCUGGCGCGGCAGCUGCCGUUGCUCUUAAGGGAGCGUCUGCGCCCGUCACAGCCGCAGCGCGCUCCGGAAGGGGCACGUUGGACCCGAGACUGGCGGUGAUUUACAAUGGCGAAAGGAAGAUGGGUGAUCGGAAUACAGUGUUGCGCGGCACUAAGCCUAUUAACUUCAGCGAGUACCGUAAGCAGGCAGCGCUGUUCAUGGUCAAGAAGCCCCAACAUCCGUCGUCCAGCAGCAUAUCGAAUAACCCAGCUCUGGCAUCGCACCAGAAGAACAGGCGACCGGAGCCUAUCAUUCUCCUGUCGCCCUCUGCCUCGUCGCUGCUGCGCCUCUCGAACAUCAAGUCAUUUUUGGAAGGUGGACGCUAUAUACCUCCGGACGGCAGUCUGUCCAACGCUAACAUGUUGGCCAUUACGCGUAUCGUGAAGGACAUUGAUCAAACGCGACCUAUGCGCUUUAUUUUGGUGGAGGGUCCGGAACAGUUCAAACCUGACUACUGGAAUCGAGUGGUAGCUGUCUUCACAACUGGCCAGACUUGGCAAUUCAAGAACUACAAAUGGAGCAACGCGAACGAGUUGUUUAAGCACACAAUGGGUAUCUAUGUCGGAUGGAGAGGAGAUCAGCCACCGGAUGCCGUGCGCUCAUGGGGACACCGAGUUCUGUCCUGCCAACUUGACAGGUGGAGAGAUCCCAACGCUCCAGGUGCUGACACCAGCCGUUGGAGAGACAGAGAGGUGAUGGAAAGCAUCUGGAAGGCAAUCGAGAAUAACAUGCGUGCCAAAGGAUGGAAGCGUGAUUCAGGUCCGGCAUCGAUUUGA